AUGCAAACCUGUUUGGCUCGUGAAUUACAUCAAAAAGUUGCCGUCCCUUUGGGUCCUUGCGGUUUGGAUGAAGUCAAACGGUUUCAGACAUACCUUUCUGAUUACCAAAUUAAUAUUGUGUCCAAAGAUCAUCAGAACGCUCUUAUUUAUGUUGGUCCCGAUCAAGAGAAAAGAAUUUAUCUGUACCUUUACGAUAAUCAUUACGACGUCAUUGCCAAAAUGCCGGGGUUUUUCGCUCGUAAAAAGUAUUGCCAUACAUGCAAGAAAGCUUAUGAUCAUCGGGAAGAUCACUUAUGCCCAAAUGCCUGUCCAUGUUGUCGCUUUCCCGACUGUCCCGUUGAGUCCUGGGUUCGCUGCAAUGACUGUAACCGAAUGUUCAAAAGUCAAGCAUGUUUUGAUCGGCAUAAACAGUCUAGUGGAAAAUCGAUCUGUUUGACGAUGGUUAAGUGCUCGGAGUGUCAUAGAAUUAUCAAGCGCUAUAAAAGAGAUUCGCAUCAUUGCGGUAUGACAAAGUGCCCAAUAUGUAAAGAGUAUACCCGGCCCGGCGACCAUCAAUGUUACAUGCAGCCCGUGGAAAAAUGGAACGAAAGUUUAUCAGACAGUGACGAUUCGUUUGAGCACCCUGAGGAUGAUGUUACGGAAGGUGGGUAUGACCAAAUGUUAUUCUUUGAUUUCGAGUGUCGUCAGGAAAAUGGAAAUCAUGAACCCAAUUUAUGUGUGAUUCAGAACGAAGCUGGUGACGAAUGGGUAUUUGAAGGGGAUAACACACGGAACGAGUUUUGCGAAUGGUUAUUUCAAAAGGAACGGGCAAAUAGUGCGGUGAUGGCCCAUAAUUUCCAGGGGUACCACAGUUACUUUAUUCUGCAAUACUUACGGGAGAACGGUGUCAAGUACGAUGUCAUCAGGCGUGGCGCCAAAGUGCUUUCCUUAUCUGUGGACAUGUUCAAGAUCAAAUUUAUCGAUUCCUUGAACUUUAUCCCAAUGAGAUUAGCAGAUUUUCCAAAAACUUUUGGCAUAGACGAGCUGGCAAAAGGGUACUUUCCACAUCUUUUCAACAAGAAAGAAAACGAAAAUUAUGUGGGACCGAUCCCACCCACUCCCUACUACAACCCGAAUGGAAUGAGUCCUGCAGCGAAGCAAACGUUUUUACAUUGGCAUAGAAAUUUGAAAGACAAUGAUUACGUGUUCAACUUCCAAGAGGAAAUUCUUGCGUAUUGUCGUUCCGAUGUGGAUAUUCUGCGAUGCUGUUGCUUGGAAUUUCGCGAACUGUUCCGUGACGUUACUAGAAUCAAUCCCUUUGAGAAAUGCCUUAGCAAUCAAGUGUAUCGGACAAACUAUCUUCGAGAAAACACCAUUGCCAUCAUCCCACCGCGCGGUUACUAUCCUGAAAACAAACAGUCCCUUCUUGCACAGAAAUGGUUGUCAUAUACGGCCGAACGAAACAAGAUCUACAUACAGCAUGCUCGCAACGGCGGAGAGAAACGUGUUGGUCCGUACUUGCUGGAUGGUUAUCAUGAAGAAACCCACACAGCCUAUGAAGUCCAUGGAUGUUUCUGGCAUGGUAAGUGUUUGAAUAAACGCCUCCCUCGAAUAGACGCCCGUUAGAAUAGUAUUUUUGUUUAUUUCUUACAGGAUGUAUAAAAUGUUAUGCUCGUGAUACAAUGAACCCUGUCAAAGGUAGAACCAUGCACGAUCUUCAUCAAAAAACCAUGGAAAAGAUACAGUAUUUGAAAAAUCAAGGCUACAAUGUGGUAGAAGUUUGGGAAUGUAGAAUCAAUCAGGAAUUGGCAGAUAAUGAAGACAUGAAAUAUUACUUUGAUCAAUAUGAUGGAGUCGAUCCCUUGGAACCUCAUGAUGCCCUAUAUGGAGGACGAACCAACGCGUCGAGACCUUACCAUGAGUGUAAUGAUGAUGAGAAAAUAAGGUAG